GGCCGGGCGGUCGCCCUGACAACGCAGACGCCAGCCGGCACAAUGACUUCCAGCUGGAGCGGCCAAGCCAGCCUGAGCGCUCUCUCGCUCGCGCUGAGUUUAAGAUCUCGGGGUUUACAACCCUUUGAAGGCAGAGAAAGACUCUUCCCUAAACUUUAAAUCUGGCCCAUCUGAAUAGAUGCACAUGACACUUUCUCAGCUCUGCUUCCUUGAAAACCAAGAUGAGCCACACUCACGCUGAGAAGUACGUGAUGACUAUGAUCGAUCUGUUCCACAAAUACAGCAAACCUGAUGACAUGAUUGACCAGCCGGGCCUGCUGAUGUUGCUGAAGGAGAAUUUCCCUAACUUCGUCAAGGGCUGUGACAGACGGGGCAACAAUUACUUGUCCCAUGUCUUUGAGGAAAAGGAUCUGAACGAGGAUAAGAAGAUCCAGUUUUCAGAGUUUCUGUGCUUGUUGGGGGACAUAGCCAUGGACUACCAUAGGCAGAGCCACGGAGCCCCGCCCUGUUCUGGGGGAAGAGAGUGAGCGCGCCCAGCCCCAGGCUGCCAGAAACCACAAGAAAUAAAAGGUCCCUUUUGCCCAGAAAAAAAGAAAAAAGGAAGAAAUAAAGAAAUAA